AUGUCUUAUCCACCACGUAACCCUACUUCACAUCCCAUUUCGCAUGUCAGUGCAGCUGCUGGUUCUUCAAGUGGUGCCAAAAGAAGGAACGUGCCGGAAUCACCCCCCAUAAUUCAGCAAAUUAGGAAGAGACGACCUGCCAUUAAUGAUCGAAAUCUUCCAGCACAGAUAGAAGGACUUGUGCCAGAAUCUAGACUAUACACAGAACUGCAAAACUUUGAAAAAAGAUUAGAUGCAACUAUCAUGAGAAAACGACUAGAAAACCAAGAAGCAAUUGCUACAAGGCCCAUGAAGUCUAAGCGAAUUCUCCGAGUAUUCGUGUCAAACACCGCAACGAAUCAGAAUAUUCAAGAUGAAGAAGAAUCAGAGCUUGAUUUCCAGGCUGGAAGCAUUCCAUCUUGGACUCUAAGAAUCGAAGGAAGAUUGUUGGACCUUCCAUAUUCGGCAGCAAGAAGUCGAACAACAAAAAAGUUCUCUUCGUUCUUUAAAUCAAUUAUUGUUGAACUGGAACGAAACCCCGAUCUAUACCCUGAAGGAAAUACAAUGGAGUGGACACGAAAUACAUCAACCCAAGAAUGUGAUGGUUUUGAAAUAAAACGUAAAGGAGAUCAAAACGUCAAGGCUAAAAUACUUUUAACUUUGGAAAAUCGACCUGAAAGAUAUAAAUUAACGUCAGCGUUUGCGGAUUUAUUGGACAUAAAAGAAGAAACAAAGUCAGGGAUAAUCAAAGCCAUGUGGCAGUAUGUUAAGAUUAACAAAUUACAAGAUCCGGAUAAUCAGAGAAUCAUUAAUUGUGAUAAACAUCUUGAAGCGAUCUUUAAGAAAGAUAAAAUAGCUUUUCCAGAGCUCCCCGAAUUAUUAAAUCAACAUUUGGAUCCUGUUGAUGCUAUUGAAAUUGAAUACACAAUCAGAGUCGACAAAAGUUUCCACACUUCAAGAUUUGCAUAUGAUAUUGAGGUAGAAGUGGAUGAUAUUUUGAGACAAAGAAUGAUUAACGCGAUUGAGAAUACUAAUCAUCAUAGAGAAAUACAAGAAUUGGAUGAAAAGAUCAUGCAAUGUGUGCAGAGUAUAAAUAACUCCAAGACAAAGCGUGAUUUCAUGAUGCAAUUUGCUCGAUCGCCGGCUGAAUUUAUUCAGAAAUGGAUUGCUAGUCAAAGUCGGGACUUGGAGAUUAUAUUAGGUGAGACUCGAGCAAAUCUUGAAGAACAACGUCAGGCUGACUUCUUUAAACAACCUUGGACACAUGAUGCUGCCUUUCAUUAUAUGGCUUCAAUGACUCAGCGCAAGAUGCACGAAUUAUUAGGAAGAGGUGCAUCCGUCAAUAAUCCUGGUGUUCGUCUAGAAUCUCAUUGUUGUUCUAUCAUGGAAGAUCAUUCGGAAAAAUCAGAAUCACAACAAACCACUGUUACAACACCUAUCGGAAUACCCAAAACACGGAUAAACCAGCACAAGUUCUCCUCUUCACAUGAACUCACCAAUACCCAGCAACAGACUCACGCGACGAACCUAUCCCCACCACUUUUACCAAGUACUAAUAAUAGCUCCUCUUCACGUUCCUCACCAGAGAUAAUAUAUCCGGAUCGCGAAUUCACGCUAAUGGGCUCCGAAAACGGAGACUCGACGUUCUACCAGCAAUUAGCUAUUAAUGUGGACAAGCCUGUGGGAAGCAUGUCUAUCUCGCCCUCUUGUCGAGAUGUAGUUCUUGCCGCGAGGAAAGGUCUAUUCAUAAUCGACCUUGAGAAUCCCUUUGAUCCUCCACGCGUUCUCAAUCACUUAACAAAAUGGGAGGUGGCUGAUGUACAAUGGAAUCCGCAUCAGGCUCGAGACACGUGGGUUGCAUCCACUUCGAAUCAAAAAGCCCUUAUAUGGGACUUGGAAUACUCAACAAAUCGCGUUGUCAAACAUAUACUGCAUAGCCAUACACGCGCGAUCAGUGAUAUAAAUUGGCACCCAUUUAAUCCUGAUCAAUUAGCCACCUGUUCCGUGGACACUUUUAUUCAUUUGUGGGAUUUACGUGAACCAAAGAAACCUAUAAUUUCUUUUUGCGCUUGGACUGCUGGUGCAACUCAAGUAAAAUUCAAUAAGCAAAAUGAGUAUUUGCUGGCUUCUUCGCAUGAUACAGAUCUGAAAAUAUGGGAUAUUCGGUGCGGAUCUCUUGCUAUAAAAAAUAUCAAAGCACAUACAACUAAAAUUUAUGGUAUCGAUUGGAGCAGAAAGAAUGAUACCGAUAUAAUAACGUGUAGCUUAGAUAAGCUAGUUAAGGUUUGGAAUAUUAACGAACCCGAAGAAUGUCAACUAGUUAUUAAAACAAAUUCACCUGUUUGGCGUGCAAGGCACACACCGGUUGGUCAUGGUAUAUUGACAAUGCCACAGAGAUCAGAAAACACGCUCUAUCUUUGGAAUCGAGAGAAACCAAAGACACCGGUAUAUGAAUUCAAAGGUCAUACUGAUGUAGUUAAAGAAUUUGUAUGGAGAAUCAAAGGUGGAGGUGAUCCCGAAGUUGGUGAUUAUCGUCUUCUUCAAAAUAAUCGCGAAGUCCAGUUAAUCACAUGGUCAAAAGAUCAAACAUUGCGAUUAUGGCCAAUAAAUGAUGCUCAAUUGAAGUCAAUAGGAUAUGUAAGAGGCAAAGCGAGAUUACCCUCAAAACAUCAAUCAAGCAUCGACCAUUCCAACUUCACCUUCCGUGAUCCUCCACGAGCAGAUUCACAUUCCACUUCCCCAACUUUAACUCCGUCAGCCGCCGUUUCCACAUUACGUGCCAUUGCUGGCAAUCGAAUUACUACAACGGCGCCGAUGCGUCCAUCAGGGGCUUCCGUUGGAGGCGCAACAGGCAUUACAAAUUACAUGAAUUCUCCGGCUGGCGUUUAUCCUGGGCGUCGUUCACUAUCACCCGUUUUAUGGAUGCAGGGAAUGAAAAUGGCAAAACCUAGUGGUAAAAUUGAUGAUGAUACUCCAAAGGAGUUUGUGCAAGAAAUUAAGUCGGUUGUGAGUAAAUACAAAGAUGUGAAACUUGAAAAGAUAGCAACUACAAAUCGAACAUGUACAAUCAGCCUUCAUACACAUGGACCUUGGUCUGUUAGCGGUGUUUCUUUUCUGCGCAUAAUCAUAACCUUCCCUUUACAAUAUCCUGAUAAAAUUCCACCGAAAUUCGAUAUUCAAAAAACUGGAAUGAUUUCUAUAAUGAAUAGAACUCGUAUUUCGCAGAUUUUGGAUGGGAUAGCUUUGCAACACGUAUCAGAGAAACGUCCAUGUAUCGAAGCCUGUAUUCGUUAUCUUCUCGGCAAGAAUUCACAUGAAGAUGGAUUAGAUCGAUACGGAAGAGAUGACUCAGACGAAGAGAGUUUGAUGAACUCUUCGAGAAGAGCAUCAUACGAUAAAAACUAUAUAUUUCUUGGUGAUAAAGAUGAUCAUAAUGUGCCAUUCCCUAUUUUGUGUGGGGCAAAAUUUUCAGGAAACGGUCAACUUGUAUGUUUUUUCUCUUGCUUACGUGCACCUGAUGUCAAUACUGCGACAACACCAACUACACCAGUUAAAUCAACUCCCACCACUCCCAUCCGUGUGUUGCCAGCAUAUACUUACACCCAUCCGCGUUCCUAUGAAUCAUUUGAACAGUACCGUGCAAUCUCGAGACUGCCACGACAGAUUGACUCUUCAUUUGACAAUCAAGAUGACGAUAUUGAUAUGAUAACACCUUUGUUAUAUUUUAGGCCAAAAAGAGGCCUACGUGAGAGUGUAACAGACCCGUCAAAUCUUUUUCAACCGACCAAACUAGAUCGAACUGGAUUCAUAAUCUAUGUUCACGAUUUAUCUGAAUGGAUGCCAAUUAGCCAAAAAUUGGCAAUGGAAUAUACCUUGUAUGGGGAUGAUCCAGUAGAUAUAUGUAAGCAUAAUGCUAAAGUUGCCGCAAAGAAUAAACAUCUAUUUGUGGACGAUGGACUACCGACUUUAGUUGGCAGAGUGAAAUGGGGAAUGCAUCCAUGGGGCGCAAGUCUUGUUCGGGAAUUGUAUGGUGAUGUUCAAACAUUGGCAUUACUAUCUUGUGUCUUACAAGAACCUUUCCCUUAUGAUCGUAAAUUUAAAUGGAUUACUGAUUACACUAAACCUAUGACGACACCCGAUUCAUUGAGUGGUGCGACUUCAGUUGGCACAGAUUACUUUAAUUAUUAUAUUCGACAUCCGGAAAAACAUGUUCAAAAUCAAUUCUUGCUUUCUACAUCAUAUUUUGAUGUCUACAAAGAACCGUUACCAUUUUCGCUUAAUUAUCACCAAUAUCAAUCGCCGGACAAUUGUGGUCUUUCCGUAAAUUCACCUACGCCGCCUACCCCCAAUAUGUGGCGUGAAGAUUCGUUACCUAUACCUGGAUCAAUUGCGAUGCCAGUUCCAUUUAAUUCUUUUCAUCAAUUCAAUUAUCAUCAUCAGCAGCAACAGUUUCAUCGGAAAUCGACUUUUGGCGUAUCUUAUCGUGAUGUGAGUUUCCUUCCGUCAAGUGGAAGUACAAACGCCUCACCCCCGCGCACACCACAAAGAUCUAAUCUUGUCAGUAGUGGAAUGUUUUCCAAUAAAUUGGAUCAUGUCGGAUGGGUUGAUUUGGAACAAAAGAAGUCUAGCGAACUUGGCAUAACAAUGAUGAAUGUUAACGAUUUUGACGAUGAAAGAAGGCCGUUGCAUGUACCUUUACUAGAUUCCGAUCGAAAAUCUAUGGCAACAUACGAUCAAUAUAGACUCGCUUAUGCAGAGUUACUAUAUCACUGGGGUUUAAUGGAAGCUCGUGCUGAACUUCUCAAAUUUAUGAAUUUUGUGAAAAUUGAAGAACAGAGGAAAGCAUUGGGUUUAACAAAUUUUUGUGCAUUAUGUUCUCACGGUGGUCAUACCAACCACCUUCUUGAAUGGUUUUCGGCAGGGAAUAAAGACUGUCCCACUGGAUGUGGCUGCUUGUGUUUGUUGGAAAUGGGCGGAUUUGGGACUGACAACGACGCAAAUUAG